AUGGCUGAGCAUACACAGGGACGCUUCAUGGUCAUCGAGGACAGUGAGGCAGAAUCUCCCAACAGCAUGCCAGAAGAUGAGCCCCGCGAGGGCAGGAUUCCGCAACCAACGAAUACCGACACCCCUCAAGAGCAGAUGCCACUUUCGUUUGGGGAACGUCUAGCAGCCCAGCCUCCCCGCCGCCAUCGAACUUUUCGCAAAAGCUUUUUCAGCAAGAACCUCGAGGUUAUCAGAUGGGAGAAAAAGAAUGUGAGCCGCGAUGACUCGAUGUCAUAUUAUCAAGAGCACACCUUCGUCAUCGUUGGCAAAGCGAGGGCCGCGCUACAAGCACAGCGCAUUGAAGAGCUUACAAGUCGCCUUCGGAAAUGUGAGGAAGACAAUCAAGAACUUGAAAAGUGCCUGAUAGGGGCAAGUGAUGAAGCAGCCGACAUGGAGAAGAAACUAGCGUGGGCACUUGAGAGGGCCGCUGAUGCUGAAGCAGAGCUGGCCCAGCGAGAGUCGGAUCAUCGAGAUGCCAUGGACAAUCUCGAGAAGGGGUACCAUAAGCUUUCCGGGCGGAUUGAGAAACUCGAGUCCCGACUUGAAGAAUGUGAGGUCGCGAAAUUGAAGACUCAACCUCUUGCGAACUCUAGCAAGGUCUCGGACGAAUUGAUCACGGCCAUAUGGGCGAAAAUGCAGUACAACAUCAACUACCUUGCCAAUCACGUUCUCACCGGCUGUCCCUCAGAGGGAGACCUGAAAGACGGCUGCAUCAAUGACUCCUGUUUUCUCAGUUCCGAUGGCAUCAAUGAUUACAUCGACCAGCUCCAAGACGAGGACAUGAGGCCCUUCGUUGUGGCACACUACCUUUGGAAGACUGUCAUAGGACGAUUCUUCGACCUCGGGGUAGACGGAAGUUACGAAAAGACUUGGGCCGGCACAAUCGGAAUGAGCUUCAUUACCUGCUUCGAGAAGUUACUAGCAUUAUGCAACCGCAGGCAACUGGACCCAACGAAGAUCCUACACGGCAAAGCUGAGAUUGGAGAGAUGAUCAAUCAGAUGAUUGGCGUCGACCAGGCGGAGAUGCUGAGGGUGGUACAGAUGGAGAUGGUAGCCUUCUUCAGAUUUGUUCCCAAUGAGUGUCCCGAUUACAAAGCAAAGAACGAAAAGCUUGAGAGAUACAUCCUCAAGAUAUUCGACGAUGCGGUGCAGCUCCGCGGGAUCUUCAUGGCUUCCAGAGCUUACUUCUACCCGAAAUGGUACAAGGAGAUGGCGGGUGGAGCCCGCAUUCGUUUCGACGACAAGUCUAUGGAAGCCGAGGGCUGGGAGAAGGAACCGCUCGGUGAUGGGAACAUCGUGCUAUGCAACAUCUCGCCGGGCCUGGUGAAGGUUGGCACCGCUGAUGGCAACAGCUAUGACUCCGAUCUACUGCUUGUCAAGGCGAGGGUUGUCUGUGACUAG